GCUAAUUAAAACGUACAAAAACUUUUUCACUCAUGAUAUGUAGGAUAAAUGCAUAUGAGGCAUCAGUGCCCAUUUGAUGACGUAAAAGACUCGUUUGAGCUGAUUCCGUGAAAAGAACCUUUCGAUAGAACCGAUUCACUGAAAUGAAUCGGAGUUCCACACAUACACACUCGGGCGCAUUUUUUUCAUUCGUGAGCCGGUCAAGAUGGCGGCGGCACUGCCGAGACGGAGCAGCCGCUCGGCUUAAUCGAUCAUUUUCUCUAAAUCACCGGGGUAGAUCGGAUCCAAAUCGACCAAAUCUUGCGGCACAACUUUGUGAAAUCACCCCCCAACCUGCGAUAUUCAACGUGAGGUCCUAUCGCGUUAAACCGGCUGUUUUUUCCACGGAAAAUGCUCUUACUCUAGUUUGUGUCUCGUCCAUUAGCUGUAUUGGGGAGAAUGGGAGAAAAGCUGGAGUUAAAAUUGAAGUCGCCGGUCGGAGCCGAAGCUGCAGGCUACCCGUGGCCCUUACCUGUAUAUGAUAAACAUCAUGAUGCUGCACAUGAAAUCAUCGAAACUAUACGCUGGGUGUGUGAAGAGAUCCCAGAUCUUAAGCUGGCCAUGGAGAACUACGUUCUUAUCGACUACGACACCAAGAGUUUUGAGAGUAUGCAGAGACUGUGUGAUAAGUACAACAGAGCCAUUGACAGCAUUCACCAACUGUGGAAAGGGACCACCCAACCCAUGAAAUUGAACAAGCGGCCUUCCAACGGUCUGCUGCGUCACAUCCUGCAGCAGGUCUACAACCACUCUGUCACCGACCCGGAGAAACUCAACAACUACGAGCCAUUCUCUCCUGAGGUGUACGGAGAGACCUCCUUCGACCUGGUGGCCCAGAUCAUUGACGAGAUGGAGAUGAUGGAAGAAGACACCUUUGUGGAUUUGGGCAGUGGGGUUGGUCAAGUAGUCCUGCAGGUCGCUGCAGCCACCAACUGUAAACACUACUUUGGCGUGGAGAAAGCAGACAUUCCAGCAACCUAUGCAGAGUCAAUGGACAAAGAGUUUAAGAGGUGGAUGAAGUGGUAUGGCAAAAAACAUGGCGAGUACACGUUGGAAAGGGGAGAUUUCCUCUCAGAAGAAUGGAAGGAACGAAUAGCCAGCACAAGUGUUAUUUUUGUGAAUAACUUUGCCUUUGGUCCUGAGGUGGACCACCAGCUGAAGGAACGAUUUGCCAACAUGAAGGAAGGUGGAAAAAUUGUAUCCUCAAAACCUUUUGCACCUCUUAACUUCAGAAUAAACAGCCGAAACUUGAGUGAUAUUGGCACAAUAAUGAGAGUAGUUGAACUGUCCCCUCUGAGGGGAUCGGUGUCGUGGACGGGGAAGCCAGUGUCAUACUAUCUGCAUACAAUAGACCGCACCAUACUUGAAAACUAUUUUUCUAGUCUCAAAAAUCCUAAACUCAGGGAGGAGCAGGAGGCAGCCAGAAGGCGUCAGCAGAAGGACAGUAAGGAAAAUAAGAGCAACACCACCACCCCGACCAAGCCCAAGGAGCACAAGACGCAGCAUGACUCGGGUGGUGAGGAGGAGCGCUCAAACUCGAUUGUGCCCGUGAAGCCGUCACCCAAACCCCGCCGGGCCAAACUGCUGGCCAGGGGCCGCAAGCUUGGCAACAGGAAGCGUGGGCGGCCUAAGAAGGCUGCCACUACCACCGCCGCCGAGCGCAAGAACAAGAAGAGCCAGAGCGCCCUUGAUCUGCUGCACGCCAAGACCCUCUCAGCUGCCCCCCCUCAGGAUCCGUACAGGUCACCUCAGAGUCCGUUCUAUCAGCUACCUCCCAAAGUGCAGCAUUAUACAUCUAGCCAGCUUCUCAUGAGCCCCACUCCACCAGGCCUGCAGGCUCUUCUUGAUAACGUGAAAGUCCAGUAUCUGCAGUUCAUGGCCUACAUGAAGACACCACAGUACCGCACCAACCUGCAGCAAGCUCUUGAGCAGGAAAAGUUGAGACACACAGAACUAUCCGGUCAAGCCCAACAGCUGCUCAAUGCUUGUCAUGCUCAUAAGGAGAGGAUCAGAGACCUUUUCCAGUCUAAACUGGAGGAGCUGGGCGUGAAGGCGGUGACCGUGGAGGACCUGGUGCAAGCUCAGAAGGAGAUCACAGCCCACAACAUGCAGCUGAGGGAACAGACCAAACAGCUGGAGAGGGACAUGGCGGAGCUCCGCGAUCAGAGCCUGGUGCUGCUGAAGGCUCGAUGUGAGGAGCUCAAGCUAGACUGGGGGUCUCUGUGUUUGGAGACCCUGUUGAAAGAGAAAGCUGCUUUACGGAGACAAAUCUCAGAGAAACAGCGCCACUGUCUGGAGCUCCAGAUCAGCAUUGUUGAACUAGAGAAGAGCCAGAGGCAGCAAGAGCUCCUGCAGCUUAAGUCAUCCUACAGCCCGUGUGAGGUGUCCCCCUACCGAAAGGCCCUCCCUGGCCCAGAGACCCGCCUCACACUGGAUUCCGACACCCCGAGACUUACCCCACAAGCCUCUGUGGGACUCAACGGCCUCAGUCCCGAGCUAUCCAUCAAUGGCACGGCCUCACCGGGUUACGAGAGAGGCGGUGGAAUUGGAAUGGGCAAAAAUGAACUCCUCACCCGCUACCUGCCCAUUUCCCCUGACCACGAAAUUGUGCCGCCCACCCCAGACUCACGAACCAGGCAGCUAGGGCAACCCCUGCCCGACUACACCCGCUUUUCUCCAGCCAAGAUUGCCCUCCGCAGGCACCUCAAUCAAGAUUCAGCUGCCAAUCAAUUUCGAGCCCUUGGCAACAUCCACCGGGGCGACAUUGGUGCUGUUUCAUCUCCAACUCUGGGAUUAAAACAGGCUUGCUCUUCACCCAGUUCAUCUGAUAUUCAAACGACCACCACACCCAAGAGCACAGAUAGGGCCAAUAAGGAAAAGAGCCCGGCUGCUCCCGGCGACACUAUAACCAGUCUACCAAUAAGCAUCCCCCUCAGCACUGUGCAUCCCAGUAAACUUCCUGUCAGCAUCCCGCUGGCCAGUGUGGUGCUGCCGAAUCGUGCAGAAAGACUGAGGAGCACUCCUAGUCCAGUUUCGAAUCCAGCUGGACAGAGCAAUGGCAAGGCACCUCUCACGCCUACCUCAGGGUACUCCUCCAGCUCAGGAUUGGUGAACGGCUGUCACUCCACCAUGUUGACCGAGGACCAAGACUGUGAUGUCGCUUCCCCUCCCCCUCACAGCACUCCUGUCAUGGGGCUUCAGUCCCGCGGUUCUGGCCUCAGUCCUCCAUUGGGCACCGGAGGUGUGCUGCAGUACGCAGACGGCCCACCGAGGCUUCCCCCCGAGGACGGCCAUGACCGCCAAGGCCCCGAAUCUGACACAGAGCCCUUAGACAGCGAGGCUCGUCGCCGGAUCUUUUUCUCCUCGUCCUCUUCUUCCUCCUCCUCUUCAUCUUCCACUGGAGGCUCAAGGCUACACCACGGAUCGGUAAAGCAGGGUCACCAUCAUCACAGUAAGCACCAUCACCACCACCAUCAUCAUCAUCACUCUCCAAGUUCCCACAGCCAAGAGGGGCGGAAGCGUGGCCGGCGGAAGCGCAGCUCUUCCGGGGCCAUGCCCAUGAGCGGAUCCCCUAAAAGAAGGGCAUUUCCGGGACUGGGCUGCCCAAGCCAUUCCUCUGGAUCGCCUCUUAAUAUCAAUUCCAUGGUGAACAACAUAAACCAACCUUUGGAGAUCUCCGCCAUCUCUUCCCCGGAGCAGUCAGGCCGAAGCCCAUGCGGGCCAGAUCUAGAUCAGCCUCCCGUGCUUAAAAGAGAGCGUCCCCUGGAGCUCAACAACACAGGUCGCUAUUCCUCCACCCCUAGUUCAGACGAAGAGGGCACCAAUUACGCCCCGGACACCUCUAGUUCAAGCCGAAUCGAACGGAAAAUCGCCACAAUUUCCUUAGACCGAGACGGACCCAUCAGAGAUGUGGAAAGGGGCUCGCAGGGACGUAAAUCAGGUGCCAGCAGCGUGAGCAGCGAGGUAUCCUCUUCCUCCGGAGCCAGCAAGUGGAAAUCCACCUUCUCUCCAAUCUCUGACCCCAAGCCAACUCCUCCGGACCUCCGCCAAGGUGGUUCUCCAUUCGGCGUUGGGGCAUCCCGAGGGGGCACGGACUCCGACUCAGACCAGAAACCACAGAGGAGAGGGGAACGUGAGCGUGAGCCUUACGGGAACUCGAACCUCUUUCUCAGUCAGGAUGGUGGUGGUCGCUCAGUCGUCAAUGUGUCAGAGCGGCCUCUGCAGAAACAGAAAACGCGGGAGUGGGACCUGAAAUCCGUAACUGGAUUGGCCAGCCAGAACCUCUUUAUAUCCGCUGCGGCCAGUGGAGGCAUCCUGAGUGGGAAAGUGGGCGGGGCUGCCACAGUUUCCUCUGCCUCCUCAGUGGGACAGUACUUCCCUCUAGGUGGGGCUUCAGUUCUGCAGUCCUUGUUUGGAGCUCAGACGCCUGGUCCAGCCACCAGCGGAGCCCCCCGGUUGGUCAACGGACAUUCUGCGCUCGGCAGUUUCUCCAGUGCAGGGCUGGCAGGGGGCGCUGCAGGAGGGAUUUUUCACCAUAUGGUGCCUUCAGUCUCCUCACAGCAGUCUGGGGCCAAUCUGCCUGGCCCCGGGGCCCUCAGUUCCCAGCAGAGGCAUCUGGACACGAACCCCAAACCAGGGGCCUCGUUCUUGGCCUCUGGCCCCUCGCAGCAUAGCCGCACACAGACAGUCCUACACACGCCCACCCUCGCCCUUCCUCCGCCCCCUCCCCUCCUGAACGCCUCCUCCGCUGUCCCUUCCCAACCCGCCUCCCCGCGUUCCUCAAGGCCGCAGUCGUCCCUCCCUGCCUCCACCUCCUCUCCAUCUCUGGCCACCACAUCCACUUCAGUCACCUCCUCUGCUUCCUCCCGGCCCUUCACUGUGCACUAUCCCCCGCAUCUGCCACCUCCGCACCCUCCCGGCAGCGCAGGUUCAGGUGGGGCGGGGGUCUCCUGGAGGACUCUGGGUCUGCAGGUGUCCUACACGUCCUCGCAGAUCCCCGGCAAUCGCCCCAGAUAGGACACGUCCAGGGGUGGGGGGAGGGGGUUGAAAUUGAAAGAGACUCUUACUAGACGGAUACAGGGAAGCUACUGCAUUCUGCCAGCUAUAAUAUUAUCAGUCUGAACAAGGUAACUGAAGAAAUCUACCUCAACCCAACAUAACCUAUGCAAUGGACAGGUGUGGACCAAUGGGCUCGACUCGCUCACCGGUGCUCAAACAUUUGCUAAAGCCGCCACUGUAAAACUGGCAUGGGUAUCAGAACUUAUCACAGGUGCAGCUUAAAACACACACAGACAAACACACACACACACACACACACACACAAACGCCCCCUGAAUCGUAUUCACAUUUACACAGUAUACAGCUUGUUUUUCAGCGUGUUGCACCAUGUUGGGCUGAUGCUAACAGUCAUUUAUCAAUAAUUGUGAGUUUAACGUAGCCUUGCUUGAUGGGUGGUUAACUAAAUUUUCAGCCAUCUCUUGAUGGAUUCAUACUCGACAACACAGGAAGUGUUUUAAAUGUCAGGAAUUUCAUUUCAGUCAGUCUGCUCUCCAUGGGCCGUACACAAAAAAAAAAAAAAGACUUGUGAAUUUCUAUAACCUUGCUGCUGUUAUUAAUGAAAUGUGUCUUUUAUGAUUGACAAGUCCCAUUCGGGUGGACUUCAUGAAGCCUCCGGAGCCAGAUACAAUUCCCAUGCUGGGAUUUCACCCUUACAGUCUGAGCUUGUGCUAUAGUCACUUUUUUGACCAGUAAUCUGUUUUGUAGCAUAAUAGCCACCCUGUAUUGGGUAUUUUAAUAUCUCUUCAUAUGAGAUGUUUUCCAUACAAGGUAAAAUAAGUAGGAAACCAGAAGCUCUGACUGUGUGAGAGUGAAUCUCCAAGUGAUAUUUUACCCCAAAUGGAAGAACAUUUAAAAUGAUAUAUUUCAUCAGUAUUAGAAGGGUUUUUUUUAAUGACUGUUCAGCACACUUCCCAAGGAUUCCUAUUACAACAAUGCAAUGUUUUUGUUAAUUUUUUUGGUAACUCAUCCUAAUUGAUUACUUGUAUUUUCUUUUUUUUCACAAAUUAAAUCCAGUACAACAAAUACAACAGUGAUUUUAAAUUCUUAUCAAUUCAAAUAAUAUUUGAGUAAUAUUAAAAGCUGAAAUAAAUAUACAAAUAAUAAUAAUAUGUAAUAUAAAGCAAAAUAUAUUUUGCAACACAGUUUUGGGAGUUGAGGUGGAUUGUCAUGAAAAAGUCACUACAAAAAUGUCUUAAAAUUGGCUUCAAUUUAUAAUAUUAUUCUUAUUAGUAUUUUUGUAGUUUUGGGGUAAAAUAUGACCAGGGUAUGUUCUUGACGGGCUUCAUGAGAUGCACCAAUAAUUAAAUAAUUUAAUUUUUUAAAUUUUUUUUGCACUGGAUAAUUUACCUGUGGAACUAUUAAUGACAAACGUAUUAAUUUUUAAAAUAAAAAAAUGGCAUGCUUUUAUUAAUCAAAGGGAAAAAACAUUCAUUUUACGCACAUGUAAAACGAAACAUACUUUAAAAAAACAAAAAAAACAAUCACAAUUGCACCUUCCCAGGAAAACACAAUUAAAACGCAAUCUGCAGGGAGAGAAGCAGUUAGAGCCACAGAUUGAGCGAAUGCCUGUAAGGAGCUGUUUAAUCAGGUUAGUUACUUUAACUACCGCAUCUUAUUGAAUCACUACGUUUACCGUUUGGUUUAGGACCCUGUUGUAAUAAAGCUUCCACGUUCUUAACAGUUACUGCUGAACUUUUAAUACAAUGCACAUAUAUUUUGUUCAAUCUGGGCGCGGUGUCUUACACGGUACAGGCUUAUUCAGGUGAAUCUGGUGCUGAACCAUUUUCCUCGCAGCUUUCCUAGGUGUUUUCUUUCGGAUUACGAAAUCCGAUGUUGUCGUGGUGCUCUCCGCAAUCUGGAAAACCAGCACACGCUUCUACAUACACAAACACAUACACACUGAUUAAAAGUUGUACACACACUGGGAAAAUACAAAAUCACAAAACGACAACAAAACUACUGGGUAACUUCAACUCAUCUUUUUGUUUCUCUAUUCUUUUGUGUAUUUUUUUUUUUCUUGUACUGUGAAAGGUAGUCUCUCUCAGACUGUAUAACUAUGUAUAUAAUUUGGGUUAUUUAUCAUUUUAAUUUUCUGUCUUUUUUGUUAUUUUUUUUUGGAGUGUGAUUGCUCUUUUGUAUCAGAGCAGAGCACAACAUGUGCAAAAUGUAUGUACUUGAUUCGCAGUCUAAAAAAAACACAUGGUGCUACAAUCUGUACAACUUUAGACUGCUUAUUUAUAUUAAGAUCAUCAACAAAAAAAAAAAGAAAUUAAUAAAGAUUUUGGUGCUUCUUUUAACA